UUAGACUUUGACGUUUAUACUCGACCGAAAAUCGGAACGUGACUUCAAUCUGUCCGUCUGCCUGAGAAAUAAAAUAAAUAGAAUUAAUAUUAAUAUUUGAAGUGCCCAUAUAGUUUAAAAACCAUGUUGAAUUUGUCUUUAUUAAGACAGUUCUCCAAAUUAGCUUUAUGUUCUACUCCGAACAUACCAAUUGCAAGUAGAGGCAUUGCCACAACAGCAGCAGUGCAGUUUAAAAUUACAGAACAAUUAUGGGCAGAACCAAUGAAGAAGAAGAAAAAAAUAGAUCCAGCUAUUGUAAAGGCUCGAGAGGACAGACGUCGUAAGAAGCUUGAGAAACAGAUCAGGAGAUUGGAGAAAAAUGCCCGCCAGCUCAAACCUAUUGACGAAAUGGAAGUGCCUCUUGAAUUGCUUGACAAUUUUAAUAAACGGAAGAGGCCACAACCAAAACUGACACCUGAGGUCAUAGAAGCCCGUGCAUUAUUACAAAAGGAUUGGACUCGGUACAAGCGUCAGGAGUACAUUGCUAACGUGGCACAGAUUGAUAGAAUUAUGGGAGCACAGCGGAGGGCACUUGAUAAGCUUUUGGAAGAGUCAGAAGAUUUGUACAAUGAGGCUAUUAUGCCUGAUAUGCAGUUGAUUCCCUAUGAGAUCCAAGGGCCAGUGGCGACGCCGCCCAUCAAGAAUUACCUAUCACCAGACGGCGAAUACAUUGAUGUCUCUAAAAAGUGGGACAAUUAGAGUGAACUGUGCAUUAGUUAAAAUAUAUUAGUGUAAUAAAGUUAUGUUUCAAUUUUA